AUGAUUGCACAAUACUUCAUACAAUGGGUGAAGCAAAUCCUGCUGAUCACAUUGUUGGUCAGUUACGGGGAAGCAAAUCAAUUGAAUCGAGGUAUUCACCGCCGCUCUCCUAAUUACACCCGCAACAAUUCAUCGUCGGGGCAUCUUCACACAUCGGACUAUCGAUUUCUGACCAACAAGACUAAACCUCAUCUGGUAGAGAGCCUUCCCAAUGUUCAUUUUGACCUGGGGGAGAUGUAUUCGGGCUUCAUUCCCAUCCGUGACAACUCUUCUCUGUUUUACGUCUUCCAGCCAAAGAUCGGAGAGCCAACCGAUGAUCUCACCAUCUGGCUAAGUGGUGGGCCUGGAUGCAGUUCAAUGCAGGGAUUUCUGCAGGAAAAUGGACGCUUUACCUGGCUGCCUGGGCUGAGCAGGGUUGAUCAACCUGUGGGGACUGGGUUCUCGACUGGAACACCUACAGCGACCACCGAAGAAGAUAUUGCCAACUCAUUCGUGUAUUUCCUCAAAGGCUUCCAGGAGCUGUAUGGGAUCAAAAACUUCCGAAUCUUCAUGAGUGGCGAGAGUUAUGCGGGCCGUUAUGUGCCAUAUAUAUCAGCUGCCAUGCUUGAUCAGAAUGAUACAGAACACUUUGACAUCAGCGGGGCACUCAUGUAUGAUGCAUGUAUCGGUCAAUGGGAUUAUAUCCAAGCCGAGCUUCCAGCAUACCCCUUUGUGCAGCAGCAUGCUGAGCUGUUCAACUUCAACCAAUCCUUCAUGAACGACCUAGAAAGCACCUAUGAACAAUGUGGUUACAAGGACUACUUUGACACAUACCUUACCUACCCAGCCUCUGGAAUACAACCCCCCAAGUCCAUGAACUAUUCUGUCUGCGACAUAUACAACAUGAUCUACGAUGAAGCAUAUAACCCGAAUCCUUGCUGGAGCCCCUACAGGGUAGGACAAAUGUGCCCACUACUAUGGGAUGUCCUGGGCUUUCCCACAGAUCUUGCUUAUGAACCAUCGCAAACAACUUAUUUCAAUCGCAAGGAUGUCAAACGGGCUCUGCAUGUCCCCGAGAGUAUUGAGUGGGAGCUCUGCAGCACUGAAAGUGUGUUCGUGGGCACUGACCCAGGUCCCGAGCAGCAAUACGACGAGUCUCCAAAUCCAACCGAGCUUGUGCUGCCUCGUCUGAUUGAGGCAACUAGCCGGGUUCUGAUCGCCAACGGGGACUGGGACUAUUUAAUCAUCACGAACGGAACCCUAUUGGCAAUUCAGAAUAUGACCUGGCAUGGAGAACUGGGCUUUAAGAGUCGCCCAACCACGCCAGUUCACAUUGAAAUGCCCGAUCUGCAAUGGUCAGCGAUAUUUGAUGCUCAAGAAGGAUAUGGCGGCUUCGAUGGUCCACAAGGGUUGAUGGGAGUUCAGCAUUAUGAACGUGGCUUGAUGUUUGCGGAAACUUUCCAAGCGGGUCACCGGCAAUCCCAAGAUCAAGGUCGAGUAUCCUAUCGUCACGUUCAGUGGCUGCUAGGAAAUGACCACCACCUUUGA